AUGCUGAAGGUGAACACGGCAAUGAUGACCUACAAUAAAAGCAGUAUUCCAACAACCGAGCGAUACCAACCAACGUACACUGCACCAAAUAUCUGUGGCAAAAAAUGGCAGUCACAAUAUCGAGCGCUUCAUGAGGAUAUCAUUAACAAUAAACGUGAGCCAAAAUUCUUAGUGUACGCUUGUCCAAGGUCCAAUAAUGGUUGCUGCGGAUAUGGCAAUCGCGUUUACGCUCUGGUUUCCUUGUUCUAUUUAGCAGUUCUUACAAACCGAGCUUUUCUGAUCGACUGGAGGGCUCCCAGACCAUUAAGACUCUUCUUGAAGCCGAAUAAUAUUAAUUGGAAUUUUCCCGCUCCACGUUUGGAAACGCGAAAGCAUUAUUGGAGGACUGGAGGGGAGGCAAGUAAAGAUCGGGAAGGAUGGCUAAUAAAAAACACGACGGCGUUUGUUUCUUGGAUUGGAAGCGAAAAUGUGCUGAAUUAUUUGGAUAAACCAGUGGAGAUAGCGACGUCGAUUCUGUUUUUCGCUCAUAAUGGUAUAAGGAAGAAUAAAUAUUUAAUGAGGCAAGCGCGGAAGCUUAAACUACGCCCCAUAUUACCAGGCUCUCGUAAAUUUGAUAUGAUAGGAUGUGCUUGGGAUAUGCUUUUUCGCCCAACGAAACGCUUACAAAACGCUCUUGAAAUCACCAGAAAAGCUCUUCGUGAAAACGCAGCUUUCGUCAUAGGAAUUCACAUUCGUCUAGGAGAUCAAGAGUUUGGACGAAACAACACCAGAGUAUCUAAUUUCCAGCAAUUUUUUUCUUGCGCAAAAAAAGUCGAACGCAAAACUUUUAAUCACUAUAGCAAUACUACCAAGAAGAAAACACGUUGGUUUCUGGCAACUGACAAUGUAUUAGUGAAAGAUUAUGCAAGAAAAUACUAUGGUAAAAAAGUGAUAAUGGAUAACAACAAUCCAGAACAUCUAGAUUUCCACAAAAAGCACGAAAAACAUUCAGUGGAGGGAAUGUUAGGAGUUUUACACGAUCAUUACAUGUUGGCGGAAAGUGACUAUCUUAUUCUCUCUGAAAGUAGCUUUAGUAAUACAGCGGUUGGGUUAGGCAUGCAUACAAGCAAGACUUACACACUUGGAGAUAAGUGUGACUUGAAUGAAGAUGGUCCGGAGUUAAAGACUUAA